UUUUCUAUUGCUUAUUGUCAGAACGAAACUAUUGGUUCAGUGCCGCGAAUCGACGCAGGGGAUUCUAUGUUCGGUAUAUGAAAGACUGUCGAUAUCGCCUUAUGCUGACUUGUAGUCUUGAAAUGUCAGCUAUAUCAUAUAACGUUCCAUGGAUAGGUCCUCUGUCUAUAGUAAUGUAGAACAACAUCAGGGAGAUUCUUUUUUCAUUAAUGACCAAAGAUUCUGAGGGGAAUUGAAAAUAUCCGAUGUAUUCCGGGCCCGUGUGUCCGGAGUGGUCAGUUCAGUGUGGGUAAUUGUAUCAAGAAGAGAAAGAGUUAAAAGCGAUUUUCCGCCGAUUUCCCGGGGAGUCUUUUGUUGCUCUGAAUUUGCCUUUAGUGAUGGCGCUACCUGAUGGAGUAGUGUCAAAUAAUCAAUACCCCGAGUACAACUUUUAAUAUCUAUUGAUCUAAACCAAUCGCACAGCUGUCGUGGAUUAAAUACUACUGAUAGUUUGACAACAAUCAGCGAUUUACCAAUCAUACAUUUAGAAGAAAAACCUGUUGACGUAUAUUCUCUUCUUCUUCUGUAUAUUUCCUUAUUUAGACAGCAUGUUAUCUUGGGGAGUGUGGAUAUUUUUCAUUUAUCAAGGAUAAAUAUUUUCCGUGUUUUUUUUUUUUUAAAUUUUCAUAAAAAUGUGAUAAGAACUGAAAAAAGUUUAAAAAUCCGGGAAUUAGAAUGUGCUUGAAGCCUAAAUCUUGAUGGUGCUACUGAGCGGCGCCAUGACACGGCCAUCUCACUAUGGGUGCUGCACCUUGCUCCACCUCCGGGAAGACAACGCCAGAUUCAUUCUCCUCUUCGUAGUGCUCCUACUCUACAUGUUUGCGGGGGCAUUCUUGUUCAUGAGCCUGGAACAGGACAAUGAACACAGAGAGAAAGAGGCAUACCGGCGCUACCUGGCGGACUUUUACGCCCGAAACCCCAGCGUCAACAAAACAGAUCUGGAGGAACUGCUAAAGAAGCACGGCGAGGCGGAGUCGGCGGGGUACGUUGAUGACAAAAGACCGCGAUGGGAUUUUCCCGGGGCUUUCUACUUUGUGGGAACAGUUAUAUCUACAAUAGGAUUUGGAAUGACUACCCCAAGAACAGUCCCUGGAAAAGUCGUCCUCAUCUUCUACGGUUUCUUUGGUUGUGCUAGUGCUAUUUUGUUUUUCAACCUCUUCCUGGAAAGGAUCAUCACAUUCUUAGCUUACAUUCUUCGUUCUGUCCACGAACGAAAGCUUAGGAGGAAAUCCGGUGGCGAUGGAUCACGUGACUCUAGAGACAGACGAUCAUCUCAAACUUCAGACGAUGACCAUCUGGACACGUGGAAACCGUCUGUGUAUUGGGUAAUGCUUAUCCUCUUAUUGGGGGCGGUUGUCGUGGCCUGUUGUGCAUCGGCUAUGUACCAGCCCGUAGAAAACUGGACCUACUUUGAUGCAAUAUAUUUUUGUUUUGUGGCGUUUGCCACAAUUGGAUUCGGUGAUUUGGUUGUCAGUCAGAAAGCAGAGUACGAUAAUGUAGAGUUAUACCGAAUCGGGAAUUUUAUCUUCAUUGUGAUAGGGUGCUGUUGUAUAUACAGUUUAUUCAACGUGACGUCCAUUGUGAUAAAACAGUUUUUAAAUUGGCUCAUUCAGAAGAUGAACUGUCGCUGUAGGCGUCGGAUGAAGAAGCCUACGAAUGGGCGUCGAAAUGCAAUAACGCCAGGUCAUCUACAUCGACACUCAAAAUCAAACGGGUCAACGAAAGCCCACAGCGUGACUGUUGAACCGGACAGUGAUUCCGAAGGAAGAAGGAACUCAGACGAAAUGAUUUCCAUGCGUGAUUUCUUGAAUGCAAAUAAAAUCUCACUUGCAAUGAUGCAAAAACAGUUAUGGGAAACAUCCCAAAGGGGUGGGGUUUCUAAUGGAGGUGGUUUUCAGGGACCGGUGGGUCCAUUGGCUAUUUUGGACCGGAAGUUGGGUCAAGACGAAGUUUGAAGAACAAACAAUCUUUAUGACAAUCUGGAGAAUAACUUUAUUGAUUUGUCAAAAAUUGCAAACUGUGAUAAAAUUGUCCGAAAGGCGAAAGACAUGACUGUUUUGAUUUUGUUUCUGGCAAUUAUUCGAUGUCUUCUUCAACAACGACAGUUAUUUACCGUUCAUCUACGAAACGAUGCAUCAUUUGAGAAAUUCCUCACUCACCAGAACUGACUGUCCACUCUGCUCAGCCGCCUGGGUCAAUACCAUGUUAUUCAUUCUGUUAUAUUCUUGUUUUAAAUCUUUGCUUGAAUCUCAAGAAAGAGCAUUGUUAUUAUGAUGGAAUGAGAGUUUGAAAAAUUGUUGUAUGAUAAAGAAUGUUAUCAUGACAAAGUAUAUAUCAUAUUGGAUGCCCCCUUUAGCAGCGGUUUGUAUAACCUCUGUAAAUUCGAUUGUGUUUUGAAAUUGAAUCUUUAAGGGUUUUAUCUGUUGAUUGAGUUCAAAUAAGUAUUCCUUACCUUCCAUAAAAUACAGUUUAACAUUACAUCAUAUGAAUCGUGUUAAAAUUUACUUUGAGAGAAAUUACAUUUGGCUCUGUAACUUCAAGUGACAGACUUUUUCUUUGCUCUUUUAUGUAAUAUAAGUGCUAAACAUACUGGCGAAAACGUAGCAAAAAAAGAUGAUACAACGCGUUGUAAUGCUAGCAUAUAUUUUUUGCACUAAUACAUUCAUAAACGUUCACAAUUCCUUUAUACAAAGUUUAUCCAAUUAAAAAAAUUAAAAAAUUUCGAAAUUUUUUGAUGUAGUCAAUAAAAUUUAUUUUAAAAAAUAUACGAUUUUGCAUUCAAAAAGUAAAAGAAAUUGGGGAGGGAAAGAAUUAUGGCUGUUAAGACAUGAAAAAAGAAGACAAAUAUGAACCAAUUCAAUGAAGAAAAAAUACGGAGAGUUAUCUUACAAAGAUUUCAAUACUUCCUAAAUUUGACUUGCAUGGCUAAACAGCUAAAAUGUAGACCUCACCAAAAAAGUAUUAAUUGCUAGGAUUUGAUUUUUUUGUUGCCAUUUUUGGUAAAAAGUUAUUCUGUAGAAAGCUUUUUGAUUUAAAAAAAACACACAUUUCAUUCAACCCUUAACCCCUAAAUCAAGUUAAAUUUUUAUAUAGUUGAAGAAAAAGGCAUUUGCAAAACCUAUUAGGCAUUUGCAUUCUUUAUGU